AUGGGAGAAUUUGCAGAAGUUUUUGAACAGAAAAACAAGGUCUUUAUGAUUAGUAUGACAUUACAUUGGAAAGAUGAUCCAAAACCAUUAAAACAAAUCUGUCUUGUUGAUAUUGAAAAUGCAUCAGACCUACGAUGGGUUACAAUCAUAUGUGGAAAUCAGCGAGUAUUUGCUUCUGACAUUCAAGUUGGAUUUAAUGAUUCUGACUAUGAUUGGCAUUUUAUUAUGGAGAGAGUAUAUCAUCUCAAUAUACUCGAAUGGAUGUGGGAGCGAAUGACAGGAAAGUUCGAAAUAAAAGAAGAAAUCCUAAAGUGGAAAUAUCGUGGAAAGAUAGGAGUAAAAUCUGAAAAUAAUUUCAUGAUGAAAGGAAAGAAAAAGGAUACAGAUGAAGAUAGGACCAUAUGGGAAUCGGGUGAGGAGGUCGAGGAAAAGAAAGAUUAUAUGGGAGCAAUUAAGAUUAAAAUUACUGCAGAAGAGGAUUUCUUUUCCAGUUUUCUUAAACUGCCAGGAUGCGUACCAAUUGAUGUCCAAGUGUGUCUUAAAAAACGUUAUUCCCAUUCUGAAGUCGAAAAGGAAGGGUCGCUUAAAUUCUUCUUAAAAAAGUGUGGCCUCAACACUAAAGCUGACAUGCCAUAUGAUGAAAU